AUGCACCAGCCCCCGCCGGUCGCCCACCCGAUCUCACAUCAUCAAGGACUGGACCCGCAUGUUAUCCACGACCAGCAAAUGACCCAUGGGGUCAUGUUCUGGCCUAAUCCUUACACAGCUGUCAGUUUGGCCACAUUUUUUUACCUUUUCAUUAUCCUAGCCCCAUCUAAAGUAAUAUAAUAAAAUUUAGUGUUCCCAGACCCCUCCACAUAUCGAUCCGUCACUACCUCCGAACCAGAACUUCCUUGUGAACCCCGCUACGUCCAACAACAACGUCAAUUACCAACAGCUAAUGGCGGCGGCCGCAGCGGCCGCAGUUACCGUGAGCACUUCGAGUGGGAUUUCUAGUCAAAGCAACGAUUGCAACGUGUAUUCGAGUACGUCAUUCAGCCCCUUAGACGGUAAUUGCAUUACUUUUCAGCUCAUACUGGAGUGAACCAGCUGGGCGGGGUGUUUGUGAACGGCCGACCCUUGCCCGAUCACAUCCGGAACAAGAUUGUGGACCUUUGGAGGCGAGGCGUGAGGCCCUGCGACAUCUCACGACAACUGCGGGUCAGUCAUGGAUGCGUGUCCAAGAUUUUGGGACGGUUUCAUGAGACCGGAAGCAUCAGACCAGGCAGGUGUAAUAUUAUUAUAGUAAUAUACAUAUAGGUAUACAUGUAGAUGUCAUGGGUUUACAUUUAAUUUUUUUUUUGACUAAAUUAACUUUAACAACACCUUAGAUGGCUAUUCUAUACAUCAUACGGCUAUUUGUGCACUUUUUUGGUAAAAAAAUCCAUUUAAAAAUUUGAAUUUCAAUUUUGGCGCCAAAAACACAAUGCCACAACAGAAUGAUAAAGGGUGGAAAUUCCGUAUCUAGAAGCCACUGAGGUCCUAGUUAGUCCGGAUGGGGCACAUUUAUCUCAUUUUCAGAGAUUUGGACAUUAUAUUUUUCAAAAGCUUGCUAUCUGAUGUCAAGUGUAAUAUAAAUAUUGAUGAUUUUUGAGGUUGUUUUUGGCGGACAAGUACUAAAAAUUGUUUUUAACACAUUUUUAUGGAUUUCUGAAACUGUUAAUGUCCUGUUUUCAGGUGUAAUCGGCGGUUCGAAGCCCAAAGUGGCGACUCCAAAAGUGGUCAGCACCAUCAAUCUCUACAAACUCCAGAAUCCCACAAUGUUUGCGUGGGAGAUCCGCGAGAAGCUGAUCGAGGACGGGGUCUGUGACGCGGAGACGGCGCCCUCGGUCUCUUCCAUUAAUCGGAUCGUAAGAAAUCGGAAUUCGAAUCCGACCAAUCAGAGGGCCGAGAAGAGGGCCUGCGAGGAAGUUCGGGAGGAAAAGAGGGAGGUCAAGGUGCUGCAUGAGAGCGACAACACCAACAACAUGGGCAUGGGCAAUCCGGUGUAUCCGAUGGUGAGAUUUUUGGGGUUUUAUGGGAGCUAAAAUGGGUGAAAUUUUUUUGAAAAUUAGGGAAAAUUUUGAAUAAAUUUAUGAAAAUUGUGGCUCAAAAGUCAUCGAUUUUGUUGAAACUACACAUUACAUUUUUUUAUACUUGGAAUUUUUUGUCAAAAAAUGAAAUUUUUAGAAAUUUUUGGUUCUAAAAAAUUUUUUUUUGAUUAUUUCCCGAAUCCAUGCGAAAUAUUGCUCCGUAUUUUAGCCCUACCAACCACAACGACUCCAACUCCCGGCCGAUAACUUCAAUUCCCCCAACUUGGAGUCCUCUUAUUGGCUAUGGUCGACUGAAAUGUACAGAAAAACAGAGCCCGGCCAGUAA